AUGGCCAGGGGCUCCGGCGAGGUAGGGACGGGCUCCCGCUGGUGGCUUGGUCGUGGCGCGGAGCAGGGAGGCGGCGCUACCGUGGUGCGCCUCCAGCGUGGUGAGGCUUGGGGCGAGGCCGUGGUGAUGCAGCGAAGGCGGCGGCGGCUGGGAGGAGCUCUAGAGCGGACGGCGUCGGGGGGAGAUUGGAUUCAAAUGAUCGGUGUACUAACCUUGGCUGUUGAGGUGUUGCAAUGCCUCUCUGGUCAAGGUUUGACUUCAUCAGGUGGUAGUGGUCAGGUAGCAAGUGAUGAUGGCAAUAGCAGUGGAGCUUCAAGAGCGGCUGUGAAGGAGAGAUUCAGGUCUUUCAAUGUGUUAUUUGAAGAGAUCUACCAGAAGCAAUGUGGCUGGUCUGUUCCAGACACUGAGCUGCGCGAGUCACUAAGACUCGCAGUUGCUGAAAUCCUGUUGCCUGCCUACCGAUCUUUCAUAAAACGUUUUGGGCCUCUCAUCGAGAAUAGCAAAGCACCUGGAAAAUACGUGAAGCACACUCCCGAGCAACUCGAGCUGCUGCUGGGCAAUUUAUUUGAGGGGAAACAAGAACGCGCUUGA